CAGGCCAAUUUGCAACAGUUUCAUAUAGGAAAUAGUUUAUCUUGUCUUAAAGAAGAUAUACAAUCAAUUUUGAUCUUGCUUGUAAGAUUUACGUUUACUUAGUUUGACGUCGAGGAUGUCUGUAGUUCCUAUUCUGAUGAUGGGUCUGGUUGUUGCCUUCUGUAUGGCGUGGCGGGCUGCCGCGUCCCAGCAAGGCGGCUCUCUGGCUCUUCGGAGCGCGCACCAGUAUUUCUACGGCUCAGGGAACCAGGUCCUGCUCGGUGAAGGCUACCGUAACCUCACGGGGGCUUCGAAGAUGCACUGCAGCAAGGAGUGCCUGUCGGACGAUCGCUGCUUCUCGUUCAACUACUGGAACGGGAACGUGAGCCGGUGCGAGCUGAACGGGGCUUCAGCCACGCGUUUCCCGCUGGCUGUGAGAGGAUGGACUGGUUCCUACUAUUGUGGGCCAGAAAAGCCACUUGAUGUUAUGAGGCUCCAGUUACUUGUUAAAGGAGACAAGGGACUACCUGGUUUGACUGACCGCACCUAUGACACGCAGGCAUCGGCCUCUGCCGACUGCCAAACGGCCGACCAGCAUCUCUGUGAGUUGUGGGAAGUGGACCGAGCCUACGCGGGUAGGUACGCCGAAAUACUACCGGCAGACACCGAUAUCUGGUACGCUGUGCCGGACAGCCAGGCGUUGGUGAACGGGAGCGAAGUCACUCAACACGGCCUGCCGAUGACAACCUCUUCCCCUGGCAUCUGUUGCCUCGGGUCGCAGCUCAGCCCCCAAGACCCCUUCAUCACCAGUGAGUACUACAGUCUCCAGGAUGUCGCCGGGCAAGCACGGGGCUGCUCCGCACUGGCCUCUCACCCGUGCACGCUACCAGAGUUGAAGGCUGCUUACCUCAGAGGUUACCGGCAACCCACUAGCUCCGCUUGGCCCUAUUUUGCGGUACGUAACCGCGAUGUGCAUCUGUUCAGUGACGGAUGCGGCGAUUAUGCGGACGGCCCUGGGUGUUACGAAGGUGUCGUGGCACUCACUCCCAGGCCAAGGGGUUCUUCUCCAGUGUUCUGUUGUCCAAAUCUUUACCAGUAGCGUAUCCAGGGUUUUUCGG